ACGCCUCCUUAAUGAACAUGUUGCAAAACAUAAAACAGAUUUACAAAUAAUUUCAAGAAGUGAACACUGGCACUUUUUUUUUUUGUAGCUAGUGUACUUAAAGGUCGUGGUGUCGAGAUAAAGUAGCUGAAUAUUGUCUCGCUGCAAAGCGAGGAAAGAACGUUGCGUAGUUGCUAGUAAGCGAGAAGACUUACCAAAAUGUCAGAUUCAUACUCUGGUCCAGAGUUUGUGGACUACGAUGAUCUCAGACACGGGGCAAAAUGUAUCUAUGUCAAAAACAGCCCCUUUGUAGCCCUGCAACCUCCAGUUAUUAGAAGAUCAGACAAGGCAUAUGAUCUGGAUAAGCAAUACAUUUAACUUGGUAAGUUAAACUUGGUAUGCAUGCCUUUGCCCCCCCCAAAAAAGCAAAUAUGAUGCAUAAUCACUGCUUCCACUUGCUCAUAUCUUACUCCAUUUUUAGAGCAACAUGGUUUCUUGCCCCUCUAUUUUCUAUUAAGGAAGUAUCCACGCAGCAAGGUAAUUAUUCAUAAGAAUACAAUAAUGUUCUCUUCAUGCCUGAGAAAUGGGGCACAAUGCUCCUUAGUGUUUGUGGAAGCCAAAGGGUAGGGUGCCCAUCUUCAUUGGUUAAGAACUCCUCAGGAAUCUAUUUAUACCCUGCUGACCUGGUAUAUACCCAGGAGAAAAGGAAACCAGAAUGUCCUGUUUGGUGGUGGUAAAUUUGAAUCGCUGCUUUCAUUGGAGUCAUUCGUCAACCUGAUUUGUCACAUGGAAUAUCUAGCAACUUGAUGUCCCAUUAUCACCCAUUGCCAAUUGGUGUGUUGUCCCUAGCGCUGGGCGAUAUGGCCAAAAUAUAAUAAUGCCAUCAUUCUGAAAAAUAUUGUGAUAUUUUACAUUUCUUAAUAGUAAAAGUAAAAAAUAGGCUUAGUAUGUAGCACAUGACCUUAACAUGGCAUCAAAUUAAUAGUAAGUGGUUUUAAUGGGCUUUCUUCUCUCUGUCAGUUUGGUCAAAACAAAAUCAAAGUAUUCUUAUUUAACACUAUCAAAAUACCUUUUAUAGUGGGUAUUGUAGAAUUUCAUACCGGUAUGUGGAUCCAUACCGGUAUACCUUAGAAUACAAUAUAUCGCCCAGCCCUAAUUGUCUUAUGACGAUGGUAAGGACUAAAUCAGUGUUUUGUUGAUUGAUAACUUUCUGGUCAGCAUGUGCUCGAGGUCCUGGAUGACACGAUAUGCUGGCUGGAGCAGACAGGAGAGCCCCGCAUCAAGCAGCAGGUUCAGGAGCUGGGCCCCAGAGGGAACUGCUUUGCUGCUCUUCAACUCAUCUUCGCUGAGUAUGCUCACUAUACACAGGCCAUGGGAGUCAGUAGAAACAAAUGUAUGUGAGAGCUUGCCCAGGGCCUGUGCCAGUGUUUUAUUGAGAAAAGUGAAGAGAUGAAGGCUAAAGGAAGUGAUCAGUUUCAGAAAAAGAAGUAUGAUGCAGCAGUCAAGUAUUACGCAAAAGCCAUCAAAUAUCAAAGUUUGAUGUAGAGCUUGGAUCAAUCAGAACCUCCCCUAAUUGCCGUCUACAGGAUUGGGUCCCUUGCCAUCCAAGAUCUCCUCCCAAGUCCAGGAGUCUUAAACCCGCUGCUCCUGGGUACCACGCUGCUUGGUCCAGUUGUAGUGGGGGUUUCUGUAACUCUCGUCCUCUUCUUCUAACGAGGAGUCGCAAGGAUCGGACCAAAGCGCAGCGUGGAGAAGAGACUUCAGCAUGCAAACCUUCAUCUGUCCAGCUUGCUCCCUUGUUUUCGUUCCACGCUUCUGGGCUUCUGAUGGCUGCUCCCAUUCCCCAUUUGCACCAGCAGUACAGUGAGCAGCACCAACAGACUACUGACCCGUCUGUGCCGGCUCUGCCCCACAGCGAGCAGGUGCAGCAGUCUAUUGCCAGCCAGGUGACCCCUGAUGUUGUCAUGUUACAGAGGCGCAUGCCACAGUGCUUUCGCGACCCGUCCUCGUCUCCCCUGAGGAAGCUCUCUAUUGACCUGAUCAAAACCUACAAAUGUAUCAAUGAGGUAUACUAUGCAAAAAAGAAGCGGAGACACCAACAGGGCCAGGGCGACGACUCCAGUCACAAGAAAGAGAGGAAGGUCUUCAACGACGGCUAUGAUGACGACAACUACGACUACAUCGUCAAAAACGGGGAGAAAUGGAUGGACCGCUACGAGAUCGACUCCUUGAUAGGCAAAGGCUCGUUUGGACAAGUUGUAAAGGCAUAUGACCGUGCAGAGCAGGAGUGGGUGGCAAUUAAGAUCAUCAAGAACAAGAAGGCUUUUCUUAAUCAAGCCCAGAUUGAAGUGCGGCUCCUCGAGCUCAUGAACAAACAUGACACGGAGAUGAAGUACUACAUAGUUCACCUUAAGCGCCACUUCAUGUUCCGGAGCCACCUGUGCUUGGUGUUUGAGAUGCUCUCCUACAACCUGUACGACCUGCUGCGGAACACCAACUUCCGUGGCGUCUCACUCAACCUCACACGCAAGUUUGCCCAGCAAAUGUGCACAGCACUGUUAUUCCUGGCCACGCCCGAGCUCAGCAUCAUCCACUGUGACCUGAAGCCCGAGAACAUCCUGUUGUGCAACCCCAAGAGGAGCGCCAUCAAGAUCGUGGAUUUUGGCAGCUCCUGCCAGCUGGGACAGAGGAUCUACCAGUACAUCCAGAGUCGCUUCUACCGCUCCCCAGAGGUGCUGCUGGGCAUGCCCUAUGACCUGGCCAUCGACAUGUGGUCCCUGGGCUGCAUUCUGGUGGAGAUGCACACCGGUGAGCCCCUCUUCAGUGGGGCCAAUGAGAUUGAUCAAAUUAACAAAAUAGUAGAAGUUCUGGGUGUCCCUCCAAAUUACAUAUUGGACCAGGCGCCCAAGGCCAGGAAGUUCUUUGAGAAGAUAUCGGACAGCACGUGGGGUGCAAAGAAGACCAAAGAUGGCAAAAGGUAUAAGCCGCCGGGCAUGCGGAAGCUGCACAGCAUCCUGGGUGUGGAGGCGGGGGGUCCUGGGGGGCGGCGGGCGGGUGAGUCUGGCCACGCUGUCGCUGACUACUUGAAGUUCAAGGAUUUGAUCCUUCGGAUGCUGGACUACGACCCCAAGAGCCGCAUCCAGCCCUACUACGCCCUGCAGCACAGCUUCUUCAAGAAGACUGCGGAUGAGGGGACCAACACGAGCAGCAGCGUGUCCACCAGCUCCGCACUGGAGCAGUCCCAGUCCUCUGGAACCACCUCCAGCACCUCCUCCAGCUCAGGAGGGUCGUCUGGCACGAGCACCAGUGGGCGGGCACGCUCGGACCCAACACAUCAGCACCGGCACAGCGGAGGUCACUUCAGUGCCGUGCAGGCCAUGGACUGCGAAAAUCUCUGCCCACAGGCGAGGCAGCCCCUCCCUCCCCCCGUUGGCUGGGCUGGUGGCAAAGGGGCACAGACAGUGACAGUGGAGACCCACCCCGUCCAGGAAACCACCUUUCACGUGCCUCCCCAGGCGCCCAAGGCCAUCCACCCCUUGGCCCCCGGCAACAGCUCCUCCGCCCACCAGCACCAUCACCACGGACACCAUCACUUACACCAUCAACCCCACCACCCCCAUGGACAGCAGGGCCUGCCUGCGCGGCCCCGCCUCUACCACUCCCCUAUCAACAGUGCCUCCACAGAGAACUCAGUGGAGGUGGUGCACGGCCACCUGUCUAUGACCUCCCUGUCUUCUUCCUCCUCCUCCUCCACAUCUUCCUCCUCCACCGGGACCCAGUGGAACAAGGCUUACCAGCUGCGCCCGCUCCCUGCCAACGCAGCCGUGGACUUUGGCCAGAACGGCAGAAUGGGACUGGGUGCCUUCUCCAACCCCAGACAAGAGACUGGGAUGGCGGGCCACCCCACCUACCCCAUGGGCAUGAGACAAGGCAUAGACAGGGAGGAGUCGCCCAUGGCAGGAGUCUGUGUACAGCAGAGUUCUGUCGCCAGUUCGUGACUAAACUGAGAAUGUUUUGUUUUUUUGAAGGUGGUGGGUUUUUAUUUCAACAAAAAAAGUGCGUAAAGAAUCAAAAAGCUGCUUUAAACUAGAGGGGGAGAUUAUCACUUACUCUCUACCACAGUGCAAAGCCCACCAUUUCUCCAACUCCUCCCCAUGCCACCCUUGGGUUUCUCUCUUCACUUUGGUUUCAAAUGGGAUUAUUCGCUCCACCAUUUUCAGUGUUCACAGGGAAUUAGAUUUUUACUACAAACGUUCUUGCAUAACAUACUUCACAACAGUACUGAAACAUCCAUUCAUUUCACAUACAACUCUCACUCGACUGCAUGGUUUGCAUUAUUCCUUGUUAUUGUCAGCCGAGAGCUUAGAAGUCUGUGGAUAGAAAAUGACGUAGACAUGAUUUGUUAACGGCUAUUUAGUAAAGGAAUUGUUACAGCACCAUAACAUUUCCAGAAACUCCUAUCCACACAUUUGCACUUUUUUCCAUAUUCGGCAAGAAUAAUUUUCUCUGGAUUUAUAUUCUCAUUUGAAUUUUUCUGUUCUGUUGUACAAUCCCACCUGUGAGCUGUGAGACAUGAAGUGUAUACUACAAAGCAGGAUCAAUGAGUUAGCUAACUUUUAUAAACAACCAGGUUGUUGUCAUUAGACCAUUUCCAUUUCAAGCUUCUUUUUUUAAAAUAAGUUAUUUCCGAAUAUUUAGGCAAGUUGGCUGGCUAACUCAUUGAUCCUGCUUUGUAGUAUACCUGUCCAUAGAGUGGCAGAGGAUUGAAGCAUUAUACAGGGAGUUUCCAUCUCGCUGGGUUUGUCUGUCACACUUUCUUUGAGAGGAAUGUGGAUGCGCUGCGCGGGGGGCCAGCCAUGUACAGCUGUGCAGCAGAGUGCCAUGCUGGGAGGCCCCAGGCAAGUAAAGGUGGGCCCUCCUAGCCCUCCCCUGGACUGGAAAAAGGCCACACUGAAGAUAUGUACUUAGGAGCAGUGGCCAGGGCUACCCCAAACCUACAGUACAGUUGUCUGGGCAGUGUCCGGUUUUUUAGAUAACUCUUUGGCCUUAUGUUUUUUUGGGACUCUGAAAUUAAGGGUGGGGGGUGGGGAAAGAAGCUGGACAUUAUCGUUUAAAUGAGAAAAUAGCUUUCUAUUUUAGAAGUUUGGGUAUAAAACAAACAUAAUUCUUAACAAAGAAAAAGUUGAAAAAAUGUGUUUUGAGAAUGGUAAUUUGAGGCCUUUAACUAAAAUGUGUGACUUUGACUUGCGAGGUCCAGUGAUUGCCGGGCCUUGUAAGUUCACAGAAGUAUUUUUGUUGCAAGAUGGAUGGAAUUGGCUAUGACUGUGUCCCUUCCAACUUUUUACUUGCUUUUCUUUGUUUCUUCAGCAUGUGGUUCCUCCAACAGAGCUUCUGCAAAAAUGUCUUCUGUUCAUCUUCAAUAUGAAAACAUGCUGAAUUUUAUGUGACUGCUUUUUUGCCUCACAAUUAUGCUGUGAAUUUUACAAUAAUUUAUUUUCCCUUUUUGAUAAUUUAUUGUACCAAAGCUGUUUUUAUAGCACAUAGAUUUCUGUAACCAAUAAUGUAGCAGUUCUGCACUUUGACACAAGGUAUAUCAAGACCUUUUUAAAAUGUCUGUAAAAAUGUCUGAAUCUAUUGCUUUAGCAAAACUGGAGCUGUUGAUGAACUCGGUACAUUUACUGUUAGCUGAAUCUUCAACAGAAUUGGUUGUAAAGGUUUUUUUUUUUCUCUAAAAAGACAACAAACAACAAUCAAAAACAAAUCUCUCAUUGGUAUAACUUUUUUCUGUUCUCAAGGACUUGAGGGACAAUAGAUGCCAACGCUGAUUGCUACUCUGCGGGUUCCGGAGUAUCAGUAUGGUCGCUGUUAGUUGAGGCAAGUCCUCGUAUUCAUGAGUUGAAAGUGAGAGAGGAAAGAUGUGAACAGUGCAUUAAUCCUUCAAUUUGUGACCAGGUAUUCAGCAGUUGUUUCAAACAUGCCUGUCUGGAUAAAGCUGCCUUGACUACUUUCGGCAGUCUUCAUGGCAGUGGCUAAAAUGGUGCCCCCUUUCCCCCGUCAAUUUAGAAACAACCUUUUUUGACCUAGCUAGCAGAGGCACUGUACACAUCCACAUUUUAGCUGGGAUACUGCUCUAAAUAAGCUAAAAUCCAUGUUUGACUGAAGCUCUCACCAUGGAGGUUGAAUCCAAAAGGAAACUAGUAGGGAUGAAUGGUGUGAGAGGUGAGCCCUGCCUGCUGGAGUGUCCUACUCCAGUCUCAUCGUGUGAUGCCUGAGGAUACGGGAGAACUGGCCUAAGUUUUGUACCCUUUGCAAAAAUUUAAGGGGGCAGCAACAGCUAGAGGAAAGGUGUCCAUGACAUCACAGGCUUCAGGUGUUUACUUUUCAACCCCAUUUUAAUAGCUGAAAUAGAAUUUAUUAUGUAUAUAUUUGUAUUUUUUUAAUAAAGGAAGUUUAGAACUCACUACUUUUUUCCUAAUGCUAUUUUGAGUACAUUUAAGUCAAUGUGGAGACCAUGCAGUGGAAGUUCUGUGAUAUUAGUCAGUGGGUAACCGUGCUUCCAGGCCAAAGUAGUUGACAAUGCCAGUACAAAUGCAAAACUUUUAGGGUUUAAAUUAACAGGAGAGUAGAUAUUCAUACCGUAAAUAUUAUAGACAGGGUAUAGUGUGUGGAUGUGUCUACAAACCUGAAUGACAGCUGUGUUUUAAUAUAUAAAUACAUACGCAAUUAUGUACAUAUAUUACAGGAACUAUUUUUAGGUGCAUUAAAAUUGGUAUAAGCUUCCACCGUGGGGCCAUUUGCAGUCGGGCUACUGAUACGUGUGUGUGAAAGUGAAAGCCACGAUCGUCAACAAACAUCCAACUUUUACUCCCAAGUGUUCAAUAUAAUUUCUGCUCUGCUCCCUAUUUAAUUGGAAUACAGGCUUUUUAUUGCCACCCUUGCCUUCUGUCCCCCAGUCGUCUGAUUUUGAGUGAUUGACAACAGUUUGGUUACAGGACAUCUGACGUGCAUUGUAAAGAUUAAACGGCAUGGGAAAAGAAAUGCCUGUGUCCACAGAUUGUAAGAUCUAGCUAGUCAAUACUUGCUCUGUAUAUGAGAAUGUUCCUAACAUUUUUUUUUUUAAAUGGACAAGCCCUUUGUAUUAUAUUCAAGCGGUCUUAUGUAUGAUAUAAACAUUUUAAAAAGUUAA